CGUAUACACCAUUCUUCACCAUGGGUCUCGACGAUUUUGAGAAAGAGCUGGCUGCUAGCAAGGCUAAAGAGUCGAGGAAGCGCCACCGGAGUCGGAGCCGCGACCGGGACCGCCAUCGAUCCUCCAAGGACAAGGAUCGAGAACAUCGCCAUCACCACUCGUCGCGGCAUCAUAACUCCAAGGAUCAUAAAGAAUCGCGGUCACACCACGAACAUAAGCGCUCGCGCAAAGAUGAUAGGGAGAGCUCUACGAAGCAAUACAGCCGAUCAGCUUCUCCAAAUACCGGGGACGACGUUGUAUUGCCAUCUGAGGAUACGUUGGAUACUAGGCUCGCAGAUGCUGAAGAUGGGGACUUACAGCGCGACUCGUGGAUGCAGGCGCCAUCGUCAAUGGACAUUGACUACGUUCAGCGCAAACAGAAGGACGCGAAGCCCACGACCGUGGGGGCGAGCCAGGCCGAUUACCAGCUGAAGAUCCACCAAAAUGAACUGAACCACCACCUGCGCGAUCUCCAGGACGACAGCCUCAAAGUGACGGAGGACACCAACGCGAACGAGGAUCCCCCAGAACGGGAAGUGGACUAUACUUUUGGGGACGCUGGAUCGCAGUGGCGUAUGACGAAACUCAAGGCCGUGUAUAGGCAGGCGGAAGAGAGUGGGCUCCCCGUGGAGGGUAUAGCCCUGGAACGCUUCGGUGACCUCCGGGAGUUCGAUGAGGCUCGUGAGGAAGAGAUCGAGGUUGAGCGGAGGAAGAUGUAUGGACAAGGCUACAAGGGCAAGGAUAAACCGGAUGGGGAGCUAUUUCGCCAACGGCUGGCAGACCAUAAGAACAUGCCUCCCCCUCCCGCACGGGGCGAACGCUACAUACCCCAAGAGCAAGCGGUGGAACAGUUACCCGGGCCCGUAUUGGAUCAAACAGCUCUGAACAAACUCAAAGCCCAGAUGAUGAAGGCGAAGCUAAGAGGUGCAUCCAACGCCGCGCAGCUCGAGAAGGAAUAUAACGAAGCAGCGGCUGCUUCGGCAAAUGCGCCGGCGAAAGACGUCAUAGUACUCGAUGCUAUGGACACUCGCAUGCUUGCAAAUCGUGCAGGCGAAGUCAAGCACCUUACGAACAAGAGAGGAACCGAACGCGGCACAGUAGUCGAAAACGAAGACAUGAGCAUCGAGGACAUGGUCCGGCAAGAACGGCGGACGCGUGGUCAAGCAGGGGGCGAGGGUCUUCUUCUCGCUGAAAAAAUUGCCAAAGAUGACAAAUUCGAUAAUGAUCUCGACUACCUAGACGAAAACGCCACCCGUCUGGCAACCCGCGCUCCAAAAUCCGACACCAACCUCCGCAACCACGCCAUCUCCGCCCACCAGCGCCAGAACCGCAUCCUAGACAACUGCCCGCUCUGUGCCCACGAAGACAAAGGCACCGGCCCCCUCGCGCCCGUCAUCUCCCUCGGAACCCGCGUUUUCCUGACCCUCCCCACCGAACCUGAGAUCAGCGAAGGUGGCGCCAUUAUUGUACCUACGCAGCACCGGGCCAACCUCCUCGAAUGCGACGACGACGAGUGGGAAGAGAUCCGCAACUUCAUGAAGUGCUUGAUCCAGAUGUACCACGAUCAAGGCCGCGACGUGGUAUUCUACGAGAACGCAGCCGCGCCGCAACGCGGUCUGCACGCCGCUAUGAACGCCGUCCCCGUGCCCUACGACCUCGGCGAGACUGCACCCGCUUUCUUCCGCGAAGCGAUCCUCAGCAGCGACGAGGAAUGGACCCAGCAUCGGAAACUCAUCGAUACGCUCAAGGCUUCUAAGAACGGGAUGGGGAAGCUAGCGUUUCGGAGGACGCUGGCGAAGGAGAUGCCGUAUUUCCAUGUCUGGUUUGAGCUGGAUGGGGGUAUGGGGCAUAUCGUUGAAGACUCGAAUAGGUGGCCGAAAGGAGAUUUGUUUGCGAGAGAGGUGUUUGGGGGGAUGUUGGAUGUGGGGGUUGAUGUUGUAAAAAGGCAGGGGCGGUGGGUCAAGGGGGAUAGGAGGGCUGAAGCGUUUAAGAAGCGGUGGAGGAAGUUUGAUUGGACGAGGGUUUUGGCGACGGGGUGACCGUGAAAGCUUAGUUAGGUGUUCUUUGCGAGCUAGGGGCAACGUUUUGGCCACCGUUAGUAUGCUAAUAUGAC